AAGGGAAUGAGCGCAGAGGAGCAGGACCGGCUGCGCACCCUCUUUUACUCCUACGACGUGGACAAUUCCGGGCGGAUCGAGAGAAACGAGUUUCUCACCGUCUGUGCAGAGCUGCAGGUGACCGCGGCCGAGGCCGACCGGAUAUUUAACCGGCUGGACGUCGACCAGGACGGAACCGUCACCCUGCAGGAAUUCAUCAGCGGCUUCCACGACCGCUACGCAGAGGACAUGGAGCCGGACCGAGGAGACCCGUCCGCCGCCUGGGAGCACUUCCAGAGGAGACUGGGCGAGCAGGCCAAGUUCAUCCCCAGGAGUGAACAAGCAGCUAUGUUGUACCAGAACAUCAGUCUGACUGAGCCCCGACUGAUACCUCAGCUUGAGAAAGUCAUUAUAAAUUUCACCAAAGAGAUCAAACAGCAGAACUCAGAGAUGGAGAACCUGGCUCUCGCUAUCAAACGAGCGCAGGACCAAGCAUCGAUGCAGCUCAGUGAAAUGGAGGAGGAGAUGGAUCAACGCAUUCAUGCUGCUGAGAGAAAAACACGAGAGCAGGAGAAGAAGCAAACAGAGGCUACGCUGAGUGAGCUGCGAAGAGGUUAUGAAAAUGAAGUGUGUGAGCUGCAGUGUAGGAUCCAGAGGAUGCAGAUGAUAGAGGAGAAGUACAAGAACAUCACUGUGAAAGAUGAGAGCCCAGCUUUGAAGAGGAAGAUCAAUGAGCUAACACUGGAGAACCAGCGGUUAAAACAGGAGCUGAUGAAGUCUCAGACCAAAGUUGCCUGUCUGCACAGUGAGAUGGACUCGCUGAAGACAGAGCUAACGGAUCAAAGCAUCAGCUCUGAACGAGACGAGGAGCUCAUGAAGCACUUCUCUGAUGAGCGAGACAUCCUGGAGAGCCAGAUUGAGAUUCUGCAGAUAGCCAACAGGAAGCUCCAUGACAGCAACGAUGGCCUGAGGACCGCUCUGGAGAGGAUCACUAGGUCUGGUAACGGGGGGUCACCAAGAGAUAUAAAGGACAGAAGCAGAAGUAAAAGCAUCUGCUACACAUCACCUUAUGCAUUAAUGGAUAGGUUCUGCCAGCAUAUGGAGGAUAACCCUCUGUACAGGCGCCGGCUCAGCUCUGACACUCUGGCCUUGGCCAUGUGCGACCCAGGCCUGAGGUGCAGACACAGCAGUGAGUGCGAAGAGGACAGCCUGCCUGAGAUCUACAUGGACAGCGGCCUGUCGACACUCAGAGGCUCACAUGGAGGCUACGACUCGGAGCAGGAGGCCAAAGGUCAAGAAAAAGAGGAAGAGAGGAAGGGGGAGAAAGAAGAGGAUGACAAUAAUGACAUCAUGAUGGAAGAAAACUCUGACACUGAGCCAGCAGAGACACAGGACGGUGAAUCAGCAUUCGGGUCAGACAGCAGCUCAGUUUUGGACUGGAAGCCAGCUGAAUUCAUUAGUGUGGCCAAACCCCCAAACACACGAAAAGCCCUCAGUGCCAUCAGUGUUCAGACGGAAGACAAGGACAGCGCUGACCUGGGCUAUAUGACAUCAGAGAAGGCCUACAGGAUCGUGUUGGCAGGAGAUGCUGCUGUGGGAAAAUCCAGCUUCCUGCUUCGCCUCUGCAAGAACGAAUUCAAAUUAAACUCCAGCGCUACACUGGGAGUGGAUUUCCAGAUGAAGACGCUAAUUGUGGAUGGAGAACCAGUUUUACUACAACUUUGGGACACUGCAGGGCAAGAGAGGUUUCGCAGCAUUGCAAAGUCUUAUUUCCGGCGGGCGGACGGUGUGUUGCUGCUGUACGACGUCACCUGUGAGAGGAGCUUCCUUAACGUUAGAGAGUGGGUGGACAUGAUUGAGGAUAUGUCCCAGGAGGAUAUUCCUAUCAUGCUCGUGGGUAAUAAGUGUGAUCUUAGACAAGAUGGAGUUAACUGUGUUCCUACCAGCUAUGGAGAAAAACUAGCCAUGACAUACAACACUCUGUUCUGUGAAACUAGUGCAAAAGACGGCUCCAACACCCUGGAGGCUGUGCUGCAUCUGGCCAGGCAGGUAACAAAACAGGCAAAUUUUGAUGAAAAAAGUCACCAUCUGUCGCUGCCCAAUUUAGAUGCUCCCAGGAAAAAUCCAAACUUCUCCUGCUGCAACUGAUCAAAUUCAUCAGAGCCUGACCUCCACAUUUGACAUAAUGUGAUAAUGUAAUGGGAAACCACAAAUGCAGAAAUCUGGCAAAACAAACAGGAAAUUAGACCCAAUCUCUGCAGAAGUACAGCAACAGGAACAAAUCAUCAUUGUGAACAACCAAAACAAUUUAACAUAUGGGUUAAGUGAGCAUACAAGUGACACAGGAUUACAGCCGAAUGUCCACAACUUCACAUGAGCUCAGAUUUCUUUUGUACUUCCAGGUUAUUUAAAUGUGAUGUAUAGAGCUUCAUUUCAACCACAGCUUAAAGUCUUACUCUUCCGUAUUUUAUGAAUUUGAGAAUGUCUGUGUUAAGCUUGGCAUGUGAAAGUUAUGUCCAUUUUUUUUAGUAUGCUAUUACACAUAUUUGUAUAAAUUCCUUCCACAUAUUUUAUAUGAUUUGUACAGUUUGCCCUUACUGACUGUGAAACAGCUGUGAAAGUGAAGUAAAAAGAGUGAGAAGGAUUUGAAAGUGAA